AUGGACUACUCUACCAUCUCUACCGACCCGGAUCAUCCCGUCGGUACCUCACCCUGGGGAUCACCGCAUGUUGAGCGAGGCGCCUUCCCCACUUCCAGCAAUGACAUCCCGUCGUCCCCUUUACCCGGCCAGGAGCAAUCGGCGGACGUUGGCAGUGGUCACAAUGGAGAACCCCAAUCUCCAGACCUCUCUGCGCAGCUUCAGAGCGCACAACUAGGAGACCCGGACUAUCCCGAGGAGCCAUUCGGCGCGCACCAGCCUUCAAACAGCCAGCAACAGCAAUCUCCUACUCUUGCACAAUUUCAGACCGGAGCACGAGACACACGGCCCCCCGCUCCCGCCUAUAGAAUCCAAGGAAAGGUCACUGGUCUGGAGAGGACGGGGAAGAAAGACCCAAUCCUGCGUUUCGACAUCCACACCAAUAUUCCCAAAUUUCGCACGACCCAGUACCGUGACGUGCGUCGGACCCAUUCCGAAUUUGUCAAGCUCGCAGACCAUCUAAUCUCCGCCAACCCCGAAGCUCUGGUCCCUGCUGUGCCAUCGCCAGUGACGCCGGCCGGUGCAGGCACCGAGGAGGAUGAAAUUCGCAUCAAAUCGGCGAUGCAGAGAUGGCUCAAUGUUGUGCUAAGCAAUGAAAUUCUCAUUCAAGACGACGAGGUUGUGCUUUUCGUGGAAAGCGACUUUGGCUAUAGCCCCGUGCUGCGGAUGAAGCAGCCGGCAACGGGCGUGCGACGAAAGAUGUUGAAGCAGUUUGCGCCGCCUCCAGAUGACACACCCGAGUUGCAAGCUGCUCGCCCAAUUGCGAAGAUGUUUUACUUGGCAUCAAUGGAUACGAGCCACAAGGUCGACCGAGUUGUCAAGGCCCGUCGUGGGCUUGGAUUGGCUGAAGCCGACUUCGGCGUGAAGCUCGGUCAGAUGAGCGUACAGGAGACUCAUCCCGGCUUGGGCGCCGCUUACCGUAAACUUGGCAAGAUUGUUCAGACAGUUGGCGACUACCACGCUGUUCAGGCCACCGCGGAGGCUACCACUCUCGGCGAACCGUUGAGUUACCACUCUUCAGAUGCCUUCAUUGUGAAGGAAACCCUCACCAACCGCCAUAUUCUCCUGCGCGAUCUACUCCAGGCCCAACAAAGUGCACGGAGCAAACGUGCUGCGGCAGACCGCUUGAAGGUUAGCUCAUCGGUGCGUCCGGACAAGGUAGAUGAAGCGAUCAACGCUCUUGAGGAGGCCCAGAACCAUGAAGAUUACUUGACCAAGCGGACCCAGCGUGUCACGUCAAACCUUCUCCAGGAGAAGCGCCGCUGGUUUGACCGCACUACCCAGGAUCUUCUAUCCAGCUUGCGUGAGUACACUCUCCGCCAGAUCGAAGCCGAACGUCGUACUCUGGCCACUUUGGAGAGUGUCCGACCCGACAUCCGUGCCAUUGACGCUUCCGGUGGUCUUAGCCGGCUGGGUCGCGAAUCCCACCCAGCGAUGCGCCGGCCAAACAUGGCUUCGAGCCAGGGCCCUAAGGGUGAUUCGUGGAGCGGUGUUCCUCGCCGCAAUGACAACAUUGGACGUAGCAUGAGUGGCAGCUUUACUGCCCCCUCGCUCCCUGACGAUGAUGAUGAGGAGAGCUCUAAUAAAGGACGCAACCGAGCUUCCAGUCAGGUUGGGUCGAUCGCGGAGGAAGACGAUGACCGUCUUGAUGCGCGAAAUGCAGCCAGCAGACUGGCCACCAGCACGUUCUGA